AUGAAUAAAGUGAUAGAUGUUCAACUUGAUAAAAACGAUGAGCUAGGUGAUAAUUUAGAGAAAAUUUGUACCUUAAAAUCUUUUAAAAAUAUAAGAAACGUUGUUCAAAACUGUGAAGAUAAGUUAAUAAUUAGAUACUAUAAAGAAAGUAGCCUAAUAAUCAACAAUGACGAGGGUGAGGAGGUGGUUUUGAGUAAAUUUUAUAUACUUUUUGACCCUCAAAUUUCCAUCAUUCUGAACAUUUUAAACGAAGAUUGGGUCAAUUAUUUAAUUAAUUUCGACAAUAAUCGUUGGGUAAACUCACAAACUUCUAUCGGUUCUACACAUUCUCUUCCCGAAGAAUAUAAAACGUUGGUCAGUAGAACUCGUAAGAGUAAGAGUAUAAUUUUUGAGCAUUAUGAGGAUGAGGUGAUAAGUAAAGUUGAGGAGCGUGUCGCACUGGUGGCUGGAAUUGACGUCAAGUACCUUGAAAAACUUGUGAUGGUUAAGUAUACGCCUGGUGACUAUUUCAAGGAACACCACGACGGCUCGUUUAGAUCACACACUCUUUUACUCUACCUCAAUAGUAUCAUUUAUUUAUCUCAAAAGCAACUUUCUCCAUGUUACAGAGUUACAUAUAAUGUUGAAGGAGGCGAAACUGUGUUUCCUGAGAUUGGAAUAGGGUUAAGUCCCAUUGCAAACAGCGGUGUUUUGUGGAGAAAUGUCACGGAUUCAGGCGAGAUGGACGAGAGGUUGAUCCAUGCUGGAACAACUCCAACUUCAGGCACCAAAUAUGUGGUCAACUGCUUCUUCAAUAAAUUACCAAUACGCUCCUAUUAA